UAGGAAGGGAGAAGUGACGCUGCACGAGGAAGAGAAGGCGACCAUGUUAAGCUAGCAAGAGCAAACACAAUAGAGACGAAUUAAUUUCGACUAAUUAUAGUAUUUCAAGAGAACUGCAACGUACGAAACGGAUCAUUCACCGACAGCGUAUCACGAAUAACACCUAUAAAAACAACAAGGUGGGUUAAGCGUGCGCCUGAACUGGUGACGAUUCAACCUAGGUGGAGGACCGCAUCAUUCGGCGAACAUCAGCCCAGAUACACGGAUGUAAGACUUGUGGCCCUCGGGCACAUCACAGCGGGACUCUAGGGCCCAACAGUCAAAGAGGCACAGAGGACUCCGCAGGGGGAGAUUGAAGCAAUUCUGCUUUGGACUAAAGUACCCUUUGUAUAUAUACUUUAUUGAUGUCAGGAAUAUUUCACACACCGGAGCGAACGCGUACCUGAGUGGAGAAUAUCAGACUAAAUGACACAUUUUUCUUUUUUUCUGGGAAUAUUUCUAAAAACUUGGCAAUCCUAUUUUGAAGAACUAUGAAAUUGAGCAACUCUUGAUGGACUCACGGCAACAGGCAGGAAUUCUUGUUGAAUAUAGAAACAGAGUAAAGUAUUUAAGUUUAUAUUGAAGAAGAAGAAGAAGAUAUUCCCCAGUUGUUCUAUUUCAGGACUUGAAGCCCUUUGAUACUUGUGCACAUAUAAUUUUCUAUAUCGUGUGCAGGUAUAUUUACGCAUGUGAAUGCACAUUUCUCUUCAUUUUGAAGAGCUCCUGUACAAAGAAUUUGCUUUUUCGGUGUGCGUUAGGUCACCCUGUUGUUGAAAGGGGACUGAACAGCACAGGUUUGUGUAAAUACUUUCAACUGACUUAUAUUGUAAAGCUUCGGACUUAAAAGAAGAAAGAAAACAAAAGCAGAGAAUAUCGAGAUUGCUUGAGUACAUUUUUCUACUUUUGAAGAGGAUUUUUUUUUUUUAAGGAACCAGUCCCUUUUCCCUGAAAAAGGUGAAGGACGUUGACGCUUUGUGAGAAAUAAACUCUAAAAAAAAAAAACAAUGGCCACCGCGAAAACGGAGAGUACAGCAGCCGCCGUCCUCAUGGGACUCAACAAACAGAACGGGCAGCUCCGAGGACAGCCCAAACCCGCCACGCUCCUCUCAGGACCCCAGGUUCAGGGGAAGGCCGUGGCCCUGCAGCAGAAGACGGGAGGGCCCCCGCAGGAAGGAGGCGGCGGCGGCGGCAUCAAGUUCGGAGACGACUGGAAAACGAGCCUCCAUCUUCCUCCCAAAGACACCCGUGUCAGAACAUCAGAUGUGACCUCAACCAAGGGCAACGAGUUUGAGGACUACUGCCUGAAACGAGAGCUCCUCAUGGGCAUCUUCGAGAUGGGCUGGGAGAAACCGUCUCCUAUCCAGGAGGAGAGCAUUCCCAUAGCGCUGUCUGGCCGAGACAUUCUGGCCCGCGCCAAGAACGGGACGGGGAAAAGUGGGGCGUACCUCAUCCCCCUCCUGGAGAGAAUAGACCUGAAGAAGGACUACAUUCAGGCCAUGGUGAUGGUACCCACCAGAGAGCUCGCCCUGCAGGUCAGCCAGAUCUGCAUCCAGAUCAGCAAGCACAUGGGCGGGGUCAAGGUCAUGGCCACCACCGGAGGCACCAACCUGAGGGACGACAUCAUGCGUCUGGACGAGACCGUGCAUGUGGUGAUCGCCACACCCGGCAGGAUCCUGGAUCUCAUCAAGAAGGGCGUGGCCAAGGUGGACCGGGUCCAGAUGAUGGUGAUGGACGAGGCGGACAAGCUGCUGUCUCAGGACUUUGUGGUGCUCAUCGAGGACAUCAUCAGCUUCCUGGCCAAGAGCCGGCAGAUCCUGCUCUACUCUGCCACCUUCCCCAUCAGCGUGCAGAAGUUCAUGAACAAGCACCUCCAGAAGCCCUACGAGAUCAACCUGAUGGAGGAGCUCACCCUGAAGGGCAUCACACAGUACUACGCCUACGUCACGGAGAGGCAAAAAGUCCACUGUCUCAACACUCUCUUCUCCAGGCUCCAGAUCAACCAGUCGAUCAUCUUCUGCAACUCCACCCAGAGGGUGGAGCUCCUGGCCAAGAAGAUCACCCAGCUGGGCUACUCCUGCUUCUACAUUCACGCCAAGAUGAUGCAGGAAUACAGAAACCGCGUGUUCCAUGACUUCAGAAAUGGACUGUGCAGAAAUCUGGUCAGCACCGACCUGUUCACCAGAGGCAUUGACAUUCAGGCUGUCAAUGUGGUGAUCAACUUUGACUUCCCCAAGAACGCAGAGACAUACCUUCAUCGUAUCGGACGAUCAGGUAGAUUCGGCCACCUGGGCCUGGCCAUCAACCUGAUCACCUCAGAGGACCGCUACAACCUGAAGUCCAUCGAGGACCAGCUGAUGACGGACAUCAAGCCCAUCCCCUCUUGCAUAGACAAGAGCCUGUACGUGGCCGAGUUCCACUCCUCCAACCCCGACUGCGAGGUGGAGGAGGUGGACGAGAGAUCCGGCCGGCAACAAGACUGAGACUGGACCGCUGCACUCGCCAGGCUUUUGCACUAACAUCAGGCUACUACCCAUCGGCCUCACAUCUUACAACCUCAGCAACUUCUUUGGAGAUUAGGUGGAUGUAAAGGCUUUUUGACUUUCCUUUCAGCAAUAAGAGCUGCAAAAAAGACAUUAUUUUUUUUGUUCUGUUCCUCCCUUUCCUUUUCUCUGCGUUGCUCAAAUCCCGUUUUGCACCAAACCCAAACUGCCCCGUCAUCCUGUUCUCAGACUCUCUUCACUUCAUGUUUCCUCCCCCCCCUCCCCCCCCCCCAUCUCCAAUACCAGCCGUCACAUCUGCCACCUGCCAUCUCCUCUCCACAAACCGUUUUUAAAACUUCAGAAGACAUAAGGCUUUUGUUUAUUUUUUUUCAAACACAAAAUACAGCCAACACAUUUGUCGGAAAGCGUUUGAAUAUUUCAGUAGUCUCAAAGGCAGACAUUUUCCAGAACGUACGCACACACCAACAUGAACUAAGUGCAGUGUGUAGCCGAGGACUCCAGUAGGAAGUACAGUUAAAAGCACGGCGUCCCAAGAGUUUCCGGCCUUGAGCUCUCCCUGGUACACAUUUAAAGGUCUUCCGACCGAGGUGUCGACCGUGUUUUGUGUGACUUUAAACAGCCUUCCAAAAUCUCACCAGGCUCGUAAGCAGAGCCUGUAGAAAAGCAUGGAGGAGAAGAGACGACGGGUGGCGGAGAUGUGUGCGUGGAGGGGUUGACUAUAUAAUCGACCACAUCCUUUUGAGUUAAUCCCGAGCUAAAUAACCCAUCAGGGAGGAGGAAAUGUGGAGUGGUAUAAACAGAUUUUAGUCCGUCGACAACCCUUGUACUAAAAAAAAAAAAACGUCAGACACGAUUGCAAAGUAGGCCUCUUGGGUUUGUUUCUUUCUUAACGCUACGACGGUGUGUUUCAUCAGCCUAUCCCCACAUCCACACAACCGCCGUCGUCACUCAAGUGCCUUACUUACCUUUUCAUAAACAAAACUCUCAUCCCCACUUCUGACCCCAUCAUACACCACCAACGCGACUCAUCACGUAGCGCAACGGCACAAAGCACAAGUCAUGUUGUUUAGCAAUCUGGAUUUAUUUGAAUGACAGACAAAAUGCCAAACGGCGCGUAGUAACGGGCCGGCUCAAACUCCUGGUCUGGAAAAAAAAAAUACAAAGCAACCUGAAUGUGAACCCAUCUUUUUAAUGUGAACUGCAAUAAGAAAAGGGCAGCUUGGUUUUAAGUACUCGGUGACGGUCACUUACCGAGAGGGAGAAAGGAAACUGACAUUCAACUACAGUUAGUCUGAGGAGGCUAGGGGUUGGGGAGGUCCCUGUUCUAAACACUAGGGUUGCUGAUCCACAAGGACUGUACCAUCCCUAAAGGAAAGUGAGUUUGACUUCAUAUGGAUAGGCCUUGGUUUGAGGCAUCUCCCCAGCAAAUAACAGUGUCGGGCCGAAAUGUUGGAUCUUUGAAUCCGUCAUCAUAAAAAGGCCGCUUCUCCUAACCGGCAGGAUAUAACUCGAACACACUGGUUUUGGCCAGAAUAAGAAAUGUAUAUCCUACCCCCCCCCCC